CGAGCGGGAAAACUUCAGACGCUCCGCCACCAACGAGCUGGUCGAGGUGGUCCAGACGUUAAUCCCAUGGAGACGAGCCGGCCAGAUUAAGAAGGAUCAGAGUCCCCGAGGCGACCUUUCGCAUCGCAAUCUUUGUACAGAAAGUGCCGGAGCGGUGGGAUUGGUCGCAGAGAUCCCUUGAUCGCAGUUAAGACGUUCAUCUUCAUCCUUACGGGACGGGAUGGGAUAGAGGAAAUGUUCGAAGCUGUGGCGUGCCGACACCGAUCUUCAGGUUGCCGAGCGGCGACGACGACCUAGCGUGGGAAUGUGACGGGAGGAAUAGGCGAUCAAGUCCAUCGCGAUUUUUUUCCACACGGCCGCCUCUGUGAGUCAUGUUGGAAAAGAUGUCCCGCCGGCAGCGGUCGCUGCUGUCGCUGGCCUUGACGUCGCUGGCCCUCAGCUUGUCGGUGUCGGCCUUCUGCACGUCCUACUGGUGCGAGGGGACCCACAAGGUUGUCAAGCCGCUCUGCCUCUCACCCGUCAAGAUGAAGAACUGCGGCCAGAAUAACAGUCAGCCCUACACCACAGAAGCGCCGACGCCGGACCCGCGAAACCCGCCGUCCAACGUGACACUGACGCCGCUCCAGAAGGAGCAGCUGGCUAUCUUGAGGAGGAAACAGCUGGCCAAUGCCGUUCACUACAUCUGGGAGACGGGCGAGGACAAGUACAUGCUGCGCUACUUCCACACGGGAUUCUGGCUCUCCUGCGAGAAACACAACGAAGGUGAGGACCAGGAAGAAAAAUGUCGCAGCUUCAUCGAGCUGACUCCAGGAGAGACUCAAGGAGUCCUGUGGCUGUCGGUCAUCAGCGAGUUCAUGUACAUCGGGUUACUGGCCAUGGGAUUCCUGCUUAUGUGGGUGGAGGCCAUCUGCUUGUGCGCCAAGAGGGAGAUGAACGCUCUGAAGAUUAACGCCUUCGCCGCUAUGUGCACCGUCCUGUCGGGUCUGAUGGGGAUGGUGGCGCACAUGAUGUACACCACCGUCUUCCAGAUGACCGUCAGCAUCGGGCCCAAAGACUGGAGGCCGCAAACGUGGGACUACGGAUGGUCUUUUGCCCUGGCGUGGCUGUCGUUCAGCUGCUGCAUGGCGGCGGCCGUGGCCACCCUCAACUCCUACACUAAGACCAUCAUCGAGAUGAAGCACCGCGCCCGUGUGCGCUUGGAGGAAGCCCGGGCGGCGGCCCGCGCCCCCUCCUACGAGGAAGUGCUCCGCGCCGGGGGCGGCGUGUACUCCGUCGGACGGCUCAUCCAGCUGGGCCAGCAGGGGGCGCUGGCAGACCCGCUUUGGCCGCGAGGCGUGGGCCCCGCCGUGGGACCCUUGGCCUGCGGCGCCGGCGGUGCGCUACUGGGCAUCGGGGUGUCGGGGAUGGGCGCCGCCGCAUCGCGCCCUUCCGACCCCAGGGUCCUGGUGCUGGAGGGCUGCGGCGUGGACGGUUGCGAGGACUGCGAAAGGGAACUGGACCAGAUGGACUACCCUCACCCGGACGGGGACGGAUCGCUCUGCUAGAGCCGCUUAGCUGACACUCGCUGGCCCGGAGGGGGAAUUGGUCACUCCAAACAAACAAUUUUUAUGCUCUAAAGUG